GCUAUUGUAUGAAACUAAAGCGCGGUGAAACUGAAAUGGAUGGCUCUGGGAUUUUAAAUUGUGAGUUGAUGAACCUUGUAAAGAAACGCGUAGCUUGCAGAGACAAAAUUGUUGAGCUACAUGAUAAAUAUACCCAGGACAAACUUAACAAAAUGAAAAGUUAUCAGAGUCUUAUAACUGCAAAUCACGAACAACGUUGUGAUACUUCAUGCCUCCCAUUGAUUGAUAUUUCACCGAGUGUUGUACGUAUAAAGGACAUAGUUGAGGACGAGGAAUUGCUCGUUCGUCAAUUUAAAGCGCUGAACGAUUUUGAAUGUUAUAACGAUCGGUUGUCACCCUGAUUAACGGUUUAUCUAUAGUUUGGUGGCCUAUCGUGGUCUUCAAAAUCUAUUGGCAGACUUCUAACAUUCGGUAUGACCAACUAACGUACGCUUAGUUGAUGUGACACUACCCUAUCCAUCAACAGCUACCAAGAUUACCGUAUUCUUGUAUUUUCGUCUCAAAAAUGAUCGUGAAACUUGAUCCGUGUAGUUGCGGUUAGAAAAGUUUUCAUAGUUUCACCAAAAGUAAAUGAUCCUUUGUCUCACCUGUGAACGUUGUGUCCAUUCAUCUUGGCAUACAUUUCUCAGUUUCAUACGUCUCAUUUUGUGCGAGUAAUAAUCAGUUAGCAAACUGAACAGGUGAUUCAUUUCCUGAAAGAAAAGACAUAACCUUUCAUCUGACUUAAAAAAUAUAAAUUGAAUUCUCGGUUAAUUAUGGGUGAAGUGUAAUCCUUACAACCUCAUUUCAACGUUUCGUGGUGAGAUAGAUACUAGGUAAGGUUAGUAGCGAAUAAAUUGUCCUUUAGGACAUGAAAAUUAGUGUGAACAUAUCAUGGUUAUUUAUUGAUAGUUAUCUAAUGCUUAAAUUACGAACUGAUCAUUUAGAGACUUGAAAUUUUAUUUUCACCUUAAUUUAAUAGUACUCAAAUGUUCAGUGAAAUCCAAUGCUGUUCAUCUUUUCUAAUUUUUACAAGUAUAUCUCGUUAAAAUCUUUAAUAAAUCGAGCAAAGUGAAUUCUUUCUCUCUAGUCAAUGAACCAACGUAUAAAGUAAUUUAUAUUUCUAAAUUGAUGUAAGAUAAUGUUCUUAAUGUUUUUAUUGAACCUCUUACACUUAUAUACAUUGUUACUAUAAAUUCCAGGUAAAGUCAUUAUUUGUUCAAAUGUUUACUUUUGCUCUCUUUAACAUAAUAAAUGGGAACUUGCAUGUAAAAUGCAUGUUCAUAUUGUUGUUUGAAUUAUCAAAUUAUUUGAGUUUCCUGAGUAAUCUGACAGUAUUCCAACGAAACAAGUGAUACGGACUAUUAACAAACAAUAUGAUCAAACUAUCGUUUAAAUUUAUCCAGCUUAUAAAACUCUAAUUGCGUAAUAAGAAUCGGUUAUAAACAGACCAUAAGUAGAUCAUUUUUUGUAAUUGAAACACUUAACCUUCAACUUAUAGAUCAAAGAUUUUGGAUCCUGCUAUGUCUACGUUAGUUUAACAAGCUGGAUAGUAUCACUAAUCUUGAAAAAAACACUAUAGUUUAAACGUGUUGCAUAAUCCAGUACUUGGUAAGCGAAUUACUCUUUUUCUAUGAAUACAAUAAAAGAUUGAUAUUUGUCGUAUAUAAUUUUACCGCUUCAACAACUAGAAAACAUCAAUAUUAUAUAUAUAUGACACGACUUACUUGCGAAUAGCCCGUUGAUUUUGUCUUAUCUAGACUGGUUGCAUUCAUAUUAUCAUUUAAUUUCAUUAUAUCUGUUGUUUCAUAGGAUUGACACGAUUUAACAAGUAAUUGAUCACGAUGAUUCAACCAUGUACGUAUUUCAUUUAAACAUGGUUGAAUCAAAUUAAUUUGACUAACAUGAACUCUUUCUAAAAUUACAUUGACCAAUUGUAAAAAUAUUGUUCGACGAUUGAAUUUUAUUACUAUGAAAGUUAACAAGGAAAAUAUUCAGUUUGAUCAUCUUUGAAAAAAAUACAGUCAUCAUUUAUGAAAACUAUUGAUUCUUAUCAGUUCGAGUGAUGUUCUGUGAAGUUUGUUAACGAAAUUAGAAGAUUUGAAUUUCAUCUUAUUCGGGUGAAUCCUGAAUUCAAGUGAAACCGUUACUAUCAAUGUUUAUUUAUUUUUAGUUUCUUGUUUUAUUAUAUAUUUCGGUUAUUCUUGUUUAUGAAACUCCUAACGUAAAGAAGACUAUUAAAUAUUAGUGAUUAACUUGGCAAAAGUUAACUUUUUCAGGUAUUUCAAUCAUCAAUGAACCAAUUUAGUAUGGUUACUUUAAAAUUCCAUUGUAACUGGAACGUAAUAUUCACUGAAUGUCAGGUAAGUAACUGUACGAUAACUGAAGUUCUCAGGCUUUUUCAUAAGAAAUAGUCAUGAGUUUUAACUUAGAUGAAGAUAAAACAGCCAUUCACUAUCUACUAUAUAGUGGUUCUUUUUAUUAGUCCAGUUUUUGAUUUGAAUAUUUUUAUGGCUGAGAUAGAUUUUCUUAACGUUCCAUAUUUAAUUAUAAUAAAUCAACGGAAAUCUUUGCCUAAAAUUUAUCGGUGAAUAAAUGUUGUAGCAGGCUUUUUCAAAAGUCAAGUGGAUUAACUACUAACCGAUUGUUUCGUGGAUACUUGAUGCCAAACAGUUAACACUAUCCGUUAAUACUGCGCUGGUCGCUAAUGGCAUCUGGAGAGCAUUAAAGAAAUUGACAUAGACUAUUAUCGUAUUAUAUUAUUGUCACUGAGCUCACAAUCGAUGUAAUUACAUCUACAUUUUUUCUUCGAUAUAUCCUAUACCAACAAUUAAUUUAGGUGACUGACUGUGCUAAACAAAUAAGAAAUAAGGAAACCUGCAGAUGUGAUAAGUGGUUGUAAAAUUUUCUCGUCACUUAAUGUUGUAUACUCAUAUCUAUUUAUUGACUGACGAUUUAUCGAAAAUCGAAUUGUUUCGAUGUUCAACUGAGGAUGCCAUAAGGUUCUAGCUAUCAUAAAACACUCUAGAACUAACACCAGAACAAGUAUACAAAACCUGUUUUAAUAGAUGUCCAUCAAUGUUUUCCAAAAAUAUUGAUAAUUUUAUGUACUUAUGUGUUUAACUUCAACACCUC